CUAUUUGAUAUCAGGUAGUAUAUGCUAUUGUCUGAUUUUGACAAAGACGAUCAUCAAACAUUCAAAGUUGACUUUGCUGAUAAUUUCUUAUCUGGUAUAAGUGUUAACUGGAGGUGUGUUCCUUUAGUUCAGGUCACUUCUAUUAGAAAAAAGACUAGUUUGUGUCUUUAUUAAUCCCGUACUUUUUCUUUGACUUUGACGUUAAUUUUGUCUACUGUGGAAAGUUGUGAGGCGGACUCUGAUCCAGCCACGGAUUAUUGGUGAGACCAUCCUGCUUGCUCUGCCUGUUCGCCUUACACUAUGAAGUUGGGACAUCUGAGAACCGGCGCUGGCAUCCUGCGACUGUGUGGACGACCCAGCAGGAUCCAGCGUCACUCGACCAAACUCGUCUCCGAACACCAAGCUUUCAAUUUCAAUUCAUUCCACAUCUCGGCCUCUCAGCAGCUGUGGUCAUCGCCUGCAUUUCUUUACUCUUCCCACGUUGCCCUAAAUCACAGCAACGUCAACAGUGAUCAGUCCUCCCAUGCAUCAUCUACUGGUGUCACUCCGUACAAGAAGCACAAAGUAUCGCUGGUUGUCUUCGAUAAAGAUGGAACCCUCAUCAGUUACCAUUCCUUGUACAUUCCAUGGGCUAGGAUGAUGGCCAAAAGAUUGCAAGAUGUCACUGGGUUUAAGAUUGAGGAAAAGAUUUUCAAAGCCUUGGGACUUUGUAACGAGACAGAGACAAUCGUUCCUGGAAUCCUUACUGAGUGUUACGAAGAAGAGGUGAGGGAAACAAUGAUAAACGUUCUGACGUGUGAAGGCAUUCACGUCGUUGAGGCGCGCAGCAUUGUGAAUGAAAACUGGAAAGCCUGUCACCCAACCGAUCCUCAGCAGUUACUAAUGUUAGAUGAUCUUGUUGGUUUGUUCAGUACGCUCCACGAUCAUGGCAUUAAAACAGCCAUUUGUACAGACGACACGAGGCAUGGGACCAUCACAGCAUUACGCAAACUUGGUAUUAGCCAAUAUGUCGAUAAAAUAGUUUGUGGGGAUGAUUCAACCAGCUUACCAAAACCGUCUCCUCAUAAUCUACUGAUGAUAUGUGACUCACUUAACGAGGAUCCACGCAACUCGUGUUAUAUUGGAGACCGUAAAGUUGACAUGGCAAUGGCAGUGUCGGCGAAUUUCAAAAUGAGAGUUGGCGUUCUGACGGGUGUUGGGAACAACAAAGAUCUGUCUCCGUGUGCCAGUCACAUCAUCGGAAGUGUAAUGGAUAUCUUGCCAUUCGUUCUUCCUGAAGAAUCUUCCGAAUCUAGCGUGCCGUCUUCCGAAGCUAAGGAGGAAAUGGUCGUCUGUAAAGAGAAUAAGAAGUAUAAGCUGGUGAUCUUUGAUAAAGACGGCACGCUCAUUUGUUUUCAUUCCAUGUGGACACCUUAUGCAAUGGAGUAUGCAAGAAGAUUGGAGAUUUUAUCAAAACUGCGUGUCUCUUCCAAAGUGCUGGAUACCCUCGGAGUGUGUCGUGUGAACAGUGUGGUUAAACCUGGUGUGUUUGCCGAGGGGACCAACGCCCAGGUCCACCAUGCCCUCGUGGAAAUGUUGGUCAAUGAAGGCAUACUGAAAGAUGAAGCAAAAGCUCUAGUCGAACAGGUUACUAAAACUGACGGUGAAGAAGCAGUUCAUCAGAAGAUACUGAAGUCUAUUGGUGACGUUGUCCAGCUCUUCAAGACGCUGAAAGAAAAUGAUAUCAAGAUUGCUAUUUGUACUGCAGACAGUCGCCAGAACACGCUCGACACAUUGGAACGAAUCGGUAUCCUUGACAACGUCGAUAUGGUGGUGUGUGGUGAUGAUCCUGGAACGCAACCAAAACCUUCACCACAUAACGCGCACCUCAUCUGUGAGACUCUUAAGGUGGAUCCAGCCCAUGCUGUGAUGGUUGGUGACACAAAGGCAGAUAUUGGGAUGGGAAAGUCGGCGCAGCUCGGUGCGGUGGUUGGUGUUCUCAGUGGCUGUGCUACAAGACGCGAACUUACAAACUUGGCCGAUUAUGUUGUACCCUCUGUUAAGGAUCUGCUUCCAAUUGUAUUACCUGAAGUCGCAGAGAACAUUUCAGUUCCCAAAGUGGGAUCAGCAGGUAGUGUGGCACCUCUUUCCACUCCAAGUGGUAAAUGGUCCAGGUUAUCUCAGGGUCACAAUGUUUCCAGCUUUCGCACGUUUGUAACAAGAGCAGUAAACCAUUUACAGUCGUCUAGUCCUCCUCAGCAGUCACCCAUGUAUAGCCAUAUCAUUGUCGGUGCGGGAUCCGCUGGUUGUGUCCUUGCAAACCGAUUAUCUUCUGAGCCCAGUAAUGAUAUUUUACUAGUCGAAGCAGGCCCUAAAGAUUCCUCUUGGAAGAUCGACAUGCCUGCUGCACUGAUGUACAACUUGUGUGAUGAUAAGUAUAACUGGUACUACCACACGGUGCCACAGAGGUUCAUGGCUAAUCGUAUAAUGUACUGGCCACGAGGUCGCGUGUGGGGCGGCUCUUCCUCACUCAAUGCCAUGGUUUAUGUCCGAGGUCAUGCCUUUGAUUACGACCGAUGGGAGACAGAGGGAGCCACUGGUUGGUCCUACGCAGACUGCUUGCCGUACUUCCGCAAGGCACAGACUCAUGAAUUAGGCGAGGAUGACUAUCGUGGUGGGAAUGGUCCGUUGCAUGUUUCCCGUGGGAAGUCAAAGAAUCCAUUGCUUGAGGCGUUCAUUGAAGCAGGUGUUGAGGCUGGGUAUCCCUACACCAGUGACAUGAAUGGUUAUCAACAGGAGGGCUUUGGCUGGAUGGAUAUGACCAUUCAUCAUGGCCAGCGAUGGAGCGCCUCCAUGGCCUACCUUCACCCAGUCUUGUACCGUAAGAAUCUGUCCGUGGAAUCACUGGCCUUUACCACCAGGAUCUUAUUCAACGGAACUCGAGCUGUUGGUAUUGAGUUUGAAAAGAAUGGAAAGACGCAUCAGGCUUAUGCAAAGGAGAUCAUUCUCAGUGGUGGCGCGAUUAAUUCUCCGCAGUUACUGAUGCUGUCCGGGAUUGGCAAUGCAGACCAUUUGAAAAGUCUUGGCAUCCCAUUGGUCAACCAUUUGCCAGGGAUUGGUGGGAACCUCCAGGACCAUUUGGAGGUUUACAUCCAGCAGGAAUGCACCAAGCCCAUCACACUUUACAGUGCCCAGUGGAAGUUCCCUCACAACAUGAUCCGUAUCGGCCUGCAGUGGUUUCUACAACGUGAUGGUGACGCCGCGUCUGCUCAUCUCGAGAGCGGCGCUUUCAUUCGCAGCGGGCCAGAGACGAGCCAUCCAGACAUCCAAUUCCACUUCCUACCAUCCACCGUGAACGACCAUGGACGCAAAAUGGGUGAUCGGCACGCUUAUCAAGUCCACGUCGGCCCGAUGAGGUCAACCAGUAUUGGGACGUUGAAGUUAGCCAAUAGGGACCCACGAUCUCACCCCAUUGUGGAUCCUAACUACAUGGCAACAGAACAGGACCGCUGGGAAUUCAGGCAGUCGAUAAAAGCUGCUCGGAAAGUAUUCGCCCAGAAAGCUUUUGAUGAGUUCCGAGGUGUUGAGUUGGCCCCCGGUGUGGAGACGCAGUCUGACGAGGAUCUGGACGCAUUUGUCCAAGCAAAUGCAGACAGCGCUUAUCAUCCAUCUUGUACUUGUAAAAUGGGAAGCGAAUCAGACCCAAUGGCGGUCGUCAAUAAUGAUUGUAGCGUGUUCGGUAUCGAUGGACUCCGCGUUGUUGACGCAUCCAUUAUGCCAAGUAUCGUCAGCGGAAAUCUGAAUGCACCGACAAUAAUGGUUGCGGAAAAGGCUGCUGAUAUCAUCCUUGGUCAUCCGCCGUUGCAGAAAAGUAAGGCGCCAGUUUAUACCCCAUCUAAUCCAUGGAGUUGAAUUCAUACCUGUUGGUCCAUGCAACCUUUUGUAUUACCGGUAUUGUAUCAUAAUUCUGUUUGGAAAGACAGAUAACAGCCAAAAGACUUGAUUAUGAGAAUAGUCCUGAUGUGUGAGUUACUACUAUGACACAAUACUGCUGAUAAGGACAGUGUUUGAUUCAGUGAUAUCAUUCUGAUAUUUUCUAUGAAAAUUUUCUAGUAAAUUUUACAGGUCAUUUUGAUGUGUGGCAUUGAGAGUUGACUGUCACACAAUCAUUAUGUUUGUAUAUACCAUAUCAUUUCUAUUUUGCUCAAUUGUUACUGAGUCAAGGCGUCCAUCCGUUAUUGGUUUGUCCCAUAUACAUAUUCAUUUACUAUUGUAAUUCUUGCAAAUUUUGAGCAAUCAUUUUGUGAUCAUUUAAAACACUGAGAUUAGGAUUUGAAGAGUCAUGGCCUGAUAGAUAUGCCAUCUUCUAGUCCCAACAAUGUGACCUUUUGGUCAAGAGUCUUAUGUGCCAUUAUUGACAGUUGUAAUCUUGUUGAUUGACCUAAUCAAAGCCUUUGUUCUUGCCUUGUUUAAUCUUUUGUUUUUGUUGUAUGUAAAUGUUAUAUGUAAUCUUCAUUUUUUUGUGUCAACUCCGGCCUUUGAUUUCCUCAGGAUUUGUCCAUGUGAAUAUAUCUUGUCCAGGCCAUGCUAUGUGUCAUUCUCUCUACUACCAUAUCAGAAAUAAACAACUUCCAAAUUCCAGUCAAA